ACGAGGGAAUCCGUUACUUCCGAUACAUGCUAGAAGCAAGGCAUUUUACCAUUUUCACGGAUCACAGACCUUUAUGUUACGCCUUUACAACAAGAAAGGAUAAAUGCUCACCACGGCAAUUUCGCCACCUCGACUAUAUCGGACAAUUUACUACCGAUAUACGGCAUUUAUCUGGAAAGGACAAUGUCGUGGCAGAUACACUAUCGAGGAUUGAAGAACUGACAAAGCCAAUAGACUUGACAGAGCUAGCGCAGUCACAAGCUGACGAUCUUGAGCUGAAACGACUGAUAGAAGGAGAAUCGUCUCUCAAUCUAUGUAAGACGAUCAUUCCUGGAACGCAAAUACAGCUGUACUGCGAUGACAAAAAUCAGACUCUAAGACCCUUUGUCACAUCACCGUUUCGCUACAGAGUAUUCUAAAGCAUACAUUCACUCAGUCAUCCUGGCGCCAAUGCCACUGCUAAACUUGUAGCUCAGCGUUUCGUAUGGCCCGGCGUACGGAAAGAUUGCCGUGAAUGGACAAAGAAAUGUCAAGCCUAUCAGCGAGCGAAGACUACUCGGAACGUUUCAACCAGUCCUGGGAAUUUUCAACUUCCACGUGCCAGAUUUACCACCGUUCAUAUAGAUCUAAUAGGACCACUGCCAAUCUCAAACGGUUACAAAUACUGUCUUACAGCCGUAGAUAGAUUCACGAGAUGGCCAGAAGCUAUUCCUAUUAUGGACAUAACAGCAGAGACAGUAGCUAAGGCUUUGAUAUCCGGCUGGAUAGCACGCUUUGGAUGCCCUACUGCUAUAAUCACUGACAGAGGACGACAAUUUGAAUCUGCCCUUUUCAAGCACCUCUCUGAAAUGGUUGGUUUUGAACACAAGAAAACUACUGCUUAUCACCCUGCAUGUAAUGGCAUGGUUGAGAGAUUUCACCGCCAAUUAAAAGCCGCCAUUGUCUGUCAUGAAAACUCAAAUUGGACAGAAUCACUUCCAUUGGUGUUGCUUGGAAUCCGAAAUGCCAUUAAAGAAGAUAUUGAAGCAUCUUCGGCAGAAAUGGUAUAUGGCGAGACGCUUAGAUUACCUGGAGAGCUUUUUCAACCAUCCACGAAUAAGUCUGAUGACAUAACCGAUUUUAUGGCACGACUUCGGAUUAUUGCGAAGAACCUUCAACCGCAACCAGCUUCCAGGCACUGUAAGAAAUCUAUCUUCAUAUUCAAAGAUCUUGCAACGACUAGUCAUGUGUACCUCAGAGAAGAUCCUAACAGAGGAGCACUCCAACUGGCUUAUACUGGCCCACAUGAAGUACUAGCGAGGAACGACAAAGUCUUCAAAAUACUUGUCCGAGGAAAACCUACCUCUGUAACAAUAGAAAGAUUGAAGCCUGCAUACAUGUUUACCGACGACGACGAUCCAAGGGAUAUCUCUUCCUCCUGCUACUCCACCUGAAAUAAAAAAUCAUGAUGAUAAAAUUAAAGAUAAGGAAAAUAAUAACAAAAAGACACGAUCGGGCAGAACAGUACACAUACCUGAUUAUUAUCGCCCGUAGGACGGUCUCUGGAGGGGAGUGGUGUGGCGAACGCGACACUUACCAGAUCCCUACA